UUGUCUCCUGCAAAGUCUGCCUUUUUCCUUCCAGUGGCUCUUAGCUGCCUGGAGGCUUUCUUUGCUGCCAUUGCCUUUUGCAGGGAAUCCAAGCAAGGGGGCAGGCAGCUGGACGGAGAGAGAGUGAGAGAGUGGGAUGAAUGAAUGCAUGAAUGAAUGAAUCAACAAACAAACAAGGAUCGUCGUUGGGCUGUUUGUUUUGAACUGCCUCUGGAACUGCAUCCAAAACAAGCCAGAAAAAGAGAGGAAGAGGGAGACCACGAUCAGCGCAGACAGGAAUUUUUGUUUUGUUUUGUUUUGCUACAUAGUAACCUUUUCCUUCCUUGAUCCUGUCUUUCAUCUUUUGGGAGCCUCCAACUUUGAAGCUGUGGCAGGGAAAGGAGAGGAGGCAACAUAAUAAUAAUGAUAGAUAAAUAAAAGGGGGGGGGGUAAGAGAGAGAGUGAGAAAGAGAAAGUUUGCAAAGGCACCAGAAAUUUUGCAAACUCCCCUUUCCAUUCCUAGUGCCACUUUUCUUUUUCCUCUCCCCUCUUUGCUUUGCUUUUGCUUCAGCAUCUCUUGAAUGAAGGAGUGCUUAAGCUGGAGACCUGGAGGGGACCUUUUUUUAUUUCUGGUCUCCUUCCAUCUCCACCUGGGAAGAACUUGGACAUAUGCCCCAAAGGUUAUGAGCCAAGAAGGGACCUGGAAGCACUUGCUUGGAGAUGCCAACCAGUCCAGAAGAACCCCUGGUGAUUCUUGAAGAGAAAGAGCCUGGACCUUAGAGAGACCUCAACUCAACCCAACCCACUUUCACUAUGGGUCCUCAGCCAACUGGCCCCUUGGCCUUCAUCUUGCUUUGGGGAGCUCUGCUGUGCAGAGUGAUCAUGGGCCGUGGUGUCCUGGACAACAUCCCAAAAUUUUCCUCUCUACCAACAUAUCUACCUGUAAAGUAUCAGAUCUCCAGCACUGAGGCUUCAUUUUUCCUCAGAGAAGCUAACCAGGAGUUCAUGAGAAACUCCAGUUUGCAGUCGCGGACAGAAACCCUCUUUACAUACAAAGCCAAGAAGGUACCUGUAAUAAAUGCUAGCUAUGGCCCAUUCUCUGUGGAGCAUGCUGUGCCUCAGGAUCUCUUGUUGACGUCAAACAUCUUUGGAUCUGCAAACAAGUUUACGUUCAACUGGAAGCUGAAAGCCUACAUAAUGAGUGAAAAGGUCUAUUUGACCAGGCCUAAAAUUCAAGUUCUCUUUUAUAUUGUGGGGAGAGACUGGGAUGACUACAGUGCUACAGAACAGCUGCCUUGCAUGAGGGUCUUUGCUUUUCGAGAAACGCGGGAAGUUCGGGGCAGCUGCAGACUCAAAGGUGACCUGGGUUUAUGUGUGGCUGAACUGGAACUUCAGCCAGCUUGGUUUAACCCACCAACAGUGGUUACUGGCCGCAAGAAAGCAGUUGAUGCGUCUGAAGGCAGCUCUGUAGAGGUUUACUACACCAUCCAGCCUGGAGAUGAGAAAGGGGAGUGUAACGCUGAAGAUAUGAGGAAGGGCAAUGCUAUCCGUCCAGAGAAGGAAGGAGCAGGGGAAACCAUGUCCCACUUACAAAGAAUUGGUUCUAUCAGCCUCCACCAGGCUGCAGAGAGCUCUCAGCUGACUGAGUUGUGGUUGGACAAUAAUGUGGCCAUCUGGCUGCCAUCAAAACCUGUCAAACAAGGAGAAGUCGUAAGCGCUUUAGUGACAGUCACUAACAAUGUUACAGUGGAUCAGUUCAUUCUAAGGGCAAAAGUGAAGAAAGGUGUAAAUAUCCUGAGUGCAAAGGCAAGUGACCCACGACAGUGGGACCUGACGCAGGAGAUCGGCAAUGGAGGAAAACAUUCAACCACAACUGUGAUGUGUCAAAGAAUAAUGCAGACUCCAAGAAGCAGAAAUAACAACAUGUUCAGUGAGGUGGUGAGACUGAACUUUGAAAUAGCCAGCUUCAGCAGUCUGUCAGGGACGCAGCCGAUCACUUGGCAGGUGGAAUAUCCCCGAAAGAGGACAACAGACACAGCCCUCUCUGAAAUCUUCAUUUGCCAGAAGGAUCUUGUGGGAAUUGUCCCCCUGGCAAUGGACACAGAAAUCCUCAACACUGCUAUCCUUACGGGGAAGACAGUUGCUGUUCCCAUCAAAGUGGUUUCAAUCGAAGAAAACAGCUCUGUGACAGAUAUCUCAGAAUCGGUGGAAUGCAAGUCUUCUGCUGAGGAUGUUGUCAAAGUUUCCGACCGGUGCGACUAUGUUUUUGUCAACGGGAAGGAAAUGAAAGGCAAGGUGAAUGCAUUAGUGAACUUCACCUACCAGUAUCUGAGUGCUCCCCUGCAGGUUACUGUUUGGGUGCCACGUCUGCCUCUGCAAAUCGAAGUUUCAGACACUGAGCUCAGCCAAAUAAAAGGCUGGAGAGUUCCCAUCGUUUCCAAUAAGAGACCAACACGGGACAGCGAUGAGGAGGAGGAAGAUGAGCGGAAGGGGAGAGGCUGCACCCUGCAGUACCAGCAUGCCAUGGUGCGCGUUCUCACUCAGUUUGUGGCCGAGGAUGCCACCCCAUGGGGACAGCUCACCUAUCUGCUGGGCUCAGACUGGCAGUUUGACAUCACAGAUUUGGUGACAGACUUCAUGAAACUCGAGGAGCCGCAUGUGGCCCAGCUACAAGGAGGCAAGGUUCUGGUUGGACAAGAAGUUGGCAUGACAAUGGUCCAGGUUCUGUCUCCGCUAUCUGACUCCAUCUUGGCAGAGAAGACUGUUACAGUGCUGGAUGACAAGGUGACCAUCACGGAUAUGGGAAUCCAGCUUGUGGCUGGAUUGUCACUCUUUCUACAACCCAGUGCAGCGAGCCAUCGGGCUAUCAUGGCUACAACUGUUGCCCAGGAAUUGCUACAUACUCCGAAACAGGAAGCAGUAGUCAGCUCCUGGAUCCAGUUCAGUGAUGGCUCUGUGACUCCCCUGGACAUCUAUGAUCCCAAAGACUACUCACUUUCUGCUUCCUCGCUUGACGAAUCUGUCAUUUCGGCCCAUCAGACCUCCAGUGUAAAAUGGCCCAUGGUUGCGGCGGAAGGUGAGGGACAAGGCAUCUUGGUUAAAGUGGACAUGAUGAUCUCUGAAACCUGCCAGAAGUCCAAGCGGAAGAGUAUCCUAGCUGUAGGCAAUGGUAGGAUCAAAGUGAAAUUUGGUCAGAAUGAUGCCAAUUCCCACGAUGUUGGUGAUUAUGAUGCUGAUGAGAUUGAAAACCAUGCAAGUGACCGGAGGCAGAAGUCGUUGGACCAAGAAAGGUAUGGCCAAGAUGGACGGUACUAUGCUGAGCGAGAAGGAGGCACUGCAAGGAAAGUCAGCACCACUGCAAAGUCGAUGAUCAAAAGCAAAGUCUUCAAAAACAGCCUGGAUGGAGAAAAGCUUUCAGAUGAUGGGCAGAUCCAAAAUAUUCCAAUCGACUUCACCAAUUUUCCAGCUCAAAUUGACCUCCCUAAAAGUAGUGGCGGCAUGGAGAAUGACCUUGUGCAGGCACCCAGAGGCCUCAGUGACUUAGAGAUUGGGAUGUAUGCCUUGCUAGGAGUGUUCUGUCUUGCCAUUCUCGUCUUUCUGAUCAAUUGUGCCACUUUCACAUUAAAAUAUCGACAUAAGCAAGUUCCAUUAGAAGGGCAGAACUCUAUGAGCCACUCCCACGAUUGGGUAUGGCUUGGGAAUGAAACAGAGUUGCUGGAGAAUCAAGGCGACAAUUCACCCCAGCAAGACGAACGCACAACUAAUGUGGACCGAGGGAUAGGCUUUGAGGAAAACAACCAGCUUCUCAACGGGAACACACCGAAAAGCAUCCAGAGCCAAAUUCAUCGGUCGGCUGACUCAGAAGGCAAACAGAGAAAAGAGCAAAAGCUCGACCCUCCUUUGCAUUCCCCCACCUCCAAGCGAAAGCGGGUCAAGUUUACAACGUUCACCACCAUCCCACCGGACGACGGAUGCCCUACUGUCAACUCCAUCCUCAGUUGCAAUGAGGAUGACAUUAAAUGGGUUUGCCAAGAUAUGGACCUGGGGGAAACAAAAGAGAUCAGAAACUACAUGGAGAAACUCAAAGACAAAGCAUAGCUCCACCUCUAGGUUUUUAUCAGUUAGGAACCACACCUUGAUGCCUUCAGUUGUAUCGGGACAUGAAAAACAAGACGGAUGUUUGUGUGUGUGCGUGUUAGUCAGAGAACUGAACAGAUUUACAAACAAGACAGGGGUUUUUAAUUCCUAAAUAGGAAGAGGUGUUUGCUAAAGCUGUCGACGGUAGGCUAUUUUCUUUUCCCUCCAGCCUAGAUGGAAUGCUCAUGUCUUUGAGUAUGAAGUCCAAAGGAAAGAAUUGGCCAAUACGAUGAACUGGGACACGGCAAGGUUAGAGAAUUCAUGGUUAGGGUAUUGAAGACUAUUAAACACAAGGCACCAAAAGUAUUCUUUUCUUUUAAGAAAGAAAAACAAUAAUAAAAAAGACAGAAAUCUUCUUUAUAUUUCUAAUAAAAGAUUAAAAAAAAGACAAAACCAAGACUGGAGAAGAGACUUGUGUCGAGGUAUUGAUCAGACAGUGGCUUUCUGGUCCUACCGAUGAUGCGAGGAUGCGAUGUCUGACACCGGAGAAAAGAGUUGAUGUUAUUUUUUCCUUUCAGAUUUAUUUUUUAAAAAAAGAUUUGUGUCACAUGCUAAAAAUAGAUCUUUCUUCAUUCAUUCCUCCCUCCCUUUCCCACCGUUCUGCCUUUCAGAUUUUACUUUCAAUGCAAGUCAUAGGAGAGAUGUUAGGUAUUACGAUCAGAGUAUCUUUACAGCAGGAUGGACAGACUUCAGGCCCCUUUUUGUUUUGACUAGAACCCUGAGAUCCAAGAACUGGAACCUAGGAGAGAUAAAGAAAAAUGUGUACUUAAAAUUAAAGAAUUCUUAGCCCAGGAAUUCGGUUUGAGUAUCAACACUGAAUAGAUCUCUCAGUCUUUCCAUACUUUCAAAAAUCUAGUGGCAACUGGUGAUUCUGAUGUCAGUGGAGCAGUGGAUCCACUCCAGACUUAGGGCCCAAACAGACAGGCCAAAAUAAAGCUGCUUCAGGUCACUUUGGAGGUAUGGUGU